UCGAAAGACGAUACACGGCGAAGCUGUGCGCGCGCAACUGUCGACAUCUUAAAGACUCGAAAUGUUUGACGGCGCCGCCGGUAGGGCGCGUCGCGCUAGCCCGGUCGUCAGUUCUCACGAAGCGUUGACGUUCGUCCGGCGAGAUCUAGGCACAGUUUCCCUUAAGCCGCUCUCGCGCGUUUGUCUGUUCUCGUCUCGCGUCGUGCAUCCUACCGAUUAUUAUUUUCUCCUCCUUUCCCCUCCCCCGUUCGCGCGCACGAGAUCGUCGGCACGGUGUGGAAGAACUGCGAGCGGUAUACACAAUACCCUCGUGUCGUCGUCACCGUCGUCAUCGUCGUCACCGUCGUCGUUGCCGUAGUUUGUCCUUCGUCGUCGUCGUUGUUGUCGCAACGCCGAGUGCUCCAAUUCAAACGCGUCGCCCGGUAUUCAACGUAGGAUGGCAUUCAACGGAGACGGUCCGCACUCGAAAAGGCAGCGACUCGAGGAAUCCGGACAUAGGAAUCACGAAUAUGGCGGAUACGGAGACGAGCCACGUCGUAAAAGAGAAGACAAUAACAAGCCGAACCAUGUCCUCCUCUUCACAAUUAUCAAUCCAGUUUAUCCCAUCACUGUGGAAGUGUUGCACACGAUCAGCGCGCCCAGCGGGCAGGUACAGCGCAUCGUAAUCUUCAAGAAAAACGGCGUACAGGCCAUGGUUGAGUUUGACUCAGUGGAAUCAGCAACCAGAGCAAAAGAGACGCUACAUGGAGCAGACAUAUACUCCGGCUGCUGCACACUAAAAAUUGACUUCGCAAAGCCGACAAAGCUCAACGUCUACAAGAACGACGCCGAGAGCUGGGACUACACAACCCCGACACUGGGCUCGAGCACACACAAAAACGACGCGACAGGAAAUGGAAGGCCGGCUCCCCUUUUGGCCGAACCAAGAUACGGCGCCGCGCCCCAGCCAUACGGCUCCACGCCACAGGUCACUUUUCCGCCGGGCGCCGGUCACGAUCGUUACGAGGAGAACUUCAACGGGCCGGCGACGUACGCGGAGCCGUACGUCGAGCGUUACGGCAUCAAGAGCGAUUUCAGCGGCCGCGAGCCAUUACAUCCCACGCCACCUCGACCGAGUUACGUGCCCACCCUGGGCCAAACGCCACCCUCGAGCACGCAGGGCUCAGUCAUGAUGGUGUACGGCCUGCAACCGGACAAAGUCAAUACCGACAAGCUCUUCAACCUGUUCUGCUUGUACGGCAACGUAACGAAGGUCAAAUUCUUGAAAACGAAGGAAGGAUGCGCGAUGAUACAGAUGGGAGACAGCAUAGCCGUGGAACGAUGUUUACAGAACCUGAAUAACGUCACGAUCGGGACAGACGGCAGGUUACAGCUCGGCUUCUCGAAGCAAGCCUUCCUUUCGGACGUCACCAACCCUUAUAUCCUACCCGACAAGACAGCGAGCUUCAAGGACUUCACGGGAAGCAAGAAUAACAGAUUCCUGAACCCCGCAAUGGCUAAUAAGAACAGGAUACAGCCACCAUCGAAAAUAGUUCAUUUCUUCAAUACCCCGCCGGAUCUGACCGAGGAAACAGUAAAUCGCGUAUUCGUAGAACGCGGCAUUGAGGCACCGACGACGAUCAAGCUGUUCCCUCUCAAGUCUGAACGAUCGUCGUCCGGUCUCAUCGAAUUCAGCAGCGUUGGUAUUGCGGUGGCUGCUAUCAUGGAGUGCAAUCACACAGCACUGGAGAAUAGCAACGGCAAGUUUCCCUACAUCAUGAAACUCUGCUUCUCGUCGUCGCGCACCAUACCCACGAGCUUCCCACCCAGCAGCGGCAGCGCGUCGAGCAAUUCCGCCGGUAAUGGCCACGUCAAAAUGCAGCAGGACUCGGAAUAGAACGGCGAGGUCCAGGGCCAGCAGCGUCAGCGUCAGCGCCAGCGCCCCUCACUCGCCGCCCUGCACCCGUUGUGUGCCCCCGCGACGGCGGGCACGGCCCUGCACCCCGCAGCCGCAACGAUAACAUUAUCCCCGGUCCUACCGCCGCCACCGCCAGUACCACCACCUUUACCGCCGCCCACCUGUCUCCUAAUAGCCACCCCGACCCUUUAUCCGACCGUACCUCCACCUCCCCCGCCCCCAUUACCCACUUUCUGGCCCUAUUGAUGUGGUGGGCCCAUCCACUAAACGGGUGAGACGAACGCGCGCGCCAGCGAGAUCGGGUGAGAACGAACCUUCCGUACACGGGCAGAAUAAUCGGAACAUCGAUUGUCGCGGCGAAAGAGAAAUUAUACAUCGUAACGAUAUUAAUUUUCGAUUGAACGCGACAUAUCGGUAGAAAAACUGAUCGAUUCUCCCGCGGGUCUACUGGACUCCUAAAGAAGGAUUUCGUGUACCUGGGGCAGGUUGUCCUAGAUACGAUAGGGAUCUUCGCCGUCGCGGUCGAAAAGUUGGGAAAAUUGCCGAUGACAUAGUGUGUAACUCGGCACCGUGAUAGUGCCGGGUCCCACCAGAAACAAUUGUCAACGCGGAUCAGACAUGGUAUUCGGUAUUCGACGACAGUUGCGGUAAGUACGACGACAUAUCGGUGGCGGCAUCGCGACGCUAGUGUUGGAGUCGCGAGGAUUUUUCAGUCAACGAUUCACAAUCCUCGCAACGACGUCGUGCUUCAUUCCCGGAGACUCUGUAUAUAGCUCGGAGAUCAGUGGUCUCCGGCGCGCAUACACAUAUCAAGGGCUUGGAAGUAAACCGGUACGCUUCGCGAGGAGCUACGCGCGCACGAUCAUCAUUGAAAUUUCACUCUCAAGGAAUCGAUGUGGAUUGAUGAGAAAUUUUUUUUUUUUUAAUGAAAGCUCUUUCAAGCAAGGCUGAACCAUUUCAUAAGAUAGACGAUUUAAAGAAGAUUGAAUCGAAGAGAAAAAAAAAAAGAAAUUUCCUAGAAGGUGAAGGAAAAUAACAUUACGUUAACUAAAAGAUAGGUCGAAGAAGAUGGAAUGACUUGAAGAAAUCGUUUUAGAAAAAAAAAAACAACUCACGAAAAGUCUAUUUCCUCGAGAAGAAGAAUAGUCCGAGGAAAUUUGAUUCUU